GGGGAAGGAGAUCUGGUUGGCAAUGCGAGGAGGCUCACGUGAUGAUCUUUUAAAAUUCCUGUUUCCCUGCAGCGCAGUUUGUCAGCCUCAUCUAUGCGUGUGUGUGUGUGCGUGUGUGUGUUGUCUCGCUGCUCGUACGCAUGUCUGAUGAUUCGUGCCACAGAAGGACCUGCCUGACUGCCUGAGACCUUCUAGCUCCGCUCAUCCUCCUCAUCAUGUUCUUGUUGUAGUACGAAGCUCUUUUUGUUUUUCCCGCUGAAAGCCUUUAAGUAGACUCGAAGCAGGAGGAGAAAGCAGGGGGGAAAAAAGCAACAAAAAACAAAACACAUGCAGUACUGACUGGACCGAUGACCAAGAGCUGUCUGUACGCUGAUUCCUGGACUGCAGGACUACAAUAGCGAAAAGCCCUCCUUGCCUUUUUAGAGGCCACAAGAAGGGGGGGGAAAGGAAAAGAGAAAAAAGGAGGAAAGGCGCCGCAGUCCUGCAAGUCGGAGGGGGAGAUCGACACCGAAGAGAGUCCUCGAUCAUCGGGGUCUCACCCUGAAGCCUGAGGAGCCAUGUCAUCCACGAAAAUCAAGAAGGAUAAGGAGAUCAUAGCGGAGUACGAGACCCAAGUGAAAGAGAUCCGUAACCAGCUUGUGGAGCAGUUUAAAUGCUUGGAGCAGCAGUCGGAGUCUCGUAUCCAGCUGCUGCAGGACCUGCAGGAGUUCUUCCGACGCAAAGCUGAGAUCGAACUGGAAUACUCUCGCAGCUUGGAGAAACUGGCUGAGAGAUUCUCUUCAAAGAUCCGCAGUUCCAGGGAGCAUCAGCAGUUUAAGAAAGACCAGCACUUGCUGUCCUCCGUAAACUGUUGGUAUCUGUUGCUGAACCAGACAAGGCGUGAGAGCCGAGACCAUGCCACGCUCAGCGACAUCUACACCAACAACGUCAUUGUGCGCUUGGCUCAGAUCAGUGAGGACAUCAUCCGCCUGUUCAAGAAGAGCAAAGAAAUUGGGAUCCAGAUGCACGAGGAGCUGGUGAAGGUGACAAAUGAACUUUACACUGUGAUGAAGACAUACCACAUGUACCACACUGAGAGCAUCAGCGCUGAGACCAAGCUGAAAGACGCAGAAAAGCAGGAAGAAAAGCAGUUCAGCAAGUCCGGAGAUCUUAACGUCAACCUCCUGCGCCAUGAAGACCGCCAGCCGCGGCGCAGCUCUGCCAGAAAGAUUGAGAAGAUGAAAGAAAAGAGGCAAGCCAAGUAUUCAGAGAAUAAGCUGAAAUGCACAAAAGCCAGGAAUGACUAUUUGCUGAACCUGGCAGCAACCAAUGCAGUGGUGGCAAAAUAUUAUAUCCACGACGUCUCCGACAUGAUUGAUUGCUGUGAUCUUGGCUACCAUGCCAGCUUGGCGCGCACCUUCAGGACGUACUUGUCUGCAGAGUACAACCUGGAGACGUCGCGCCACGAGGGACUGGAUAUCAUUGAGAAUGCGGUGGACAACCUGGACUCUCGCAGUGAUAAGCACAAGAUCAUGGAUAUGCAUAACCAGGUGUUCUGUCCUCCGAUGCGCUUUGAAUACCUGCCACACAUGGGAGAUGAGGUGUGCCAGGUCAGCGCCCAGCAGCCGGUGCAAACUGAGCUCCUGAUGCGCUACCACCAACUGCAGUCUCGGUUAGCAACACUAAAGAUCGAGAACGAAGAAGUGAGGAAGACCUUGGAUGCAACCAUGCAAACACUCCAGGACAUGCUGACAGUGGAGGACUUUGAUGUGUCAGAUGCCUUUCAGCACAGCCGCUCCACUGAAUCCAUCAAGUCUGUGGCCUCUGAGUCAUACAUGAACAAGCUCAAUGUAGCCAAGAGGAGGUCAAACCAGCAAGAGACCGAAACCUUCUACUUUUCGAAAUUUAAAGAGUACCUGAAUGGCAGUAACCUCAUCAUCAAACUGCAGGCUAAGCAUGACUUACUGAAGCAGACGCUGGGAGAAGGGGAAAGAGCGGAGUGUGGAACAACGAGGCCGCCCACCCUUCCCCCUAAACCACAGAAAAUGCGGAAACCUAGGCCACGCUCCAUGUUUAACCAUAAACUGUUUAACGGCAAUAUGGAGACCUUCAUCAAGGAUUCAGGCCAACCAAUUCCGCUUGUUGUUGAAAGCUGUGUCAGAUACAUCAAUCUGUACGGGUUGCAGCAGCAGGGGAUAUUUCGCGUGCCAGGAUCACAGGUGGAAGUCAACGACAUCAAAAACUCAUUUGAAAGAGGUGAGGACCCACUGAUUGAUGACCAGAAUGACCACGAUAUUAACUCAGUGGCAGGAGUGCUGAAGCUGUAUUUCAGAGGGCUGGAGAACCCACUCUUUCCAAAGGAGCGUUUCCUGGAUUUCAUCUCCACUAUCAAGCUGGAGUCAGAAGCGGAGAGAGCCCAUCACAUCCAGCAGAUAGUCGUUACUCUUCCUCGGACCGUCAUAAUCGUCAUGAGAUACCUUUUUGCAUUUCUCAAUCAUCUUUCCCAGUACAGCGAUGAAAACAUGAUGGAUCCCUACAAUUUAGCCAUCUGCUUCGGCCCCACUCUGAUGCCCAUCCCGGACGGCCAGGAUCCUGUGGCGUGUCAGGCACAUGUCAACGAAGUCAUCAAGACCAUCAUCAUCAACCAUGAAGUCAUCUUCCCAAAUCAGCGUGAGCUGGAUGGGCCGGUCUACGAGAAGUGCAUGACGGGUGGGGAAGAGUACUGUGACAGUCCCCACAGUGAACCAGGAACCAUCGAUGAAGUUGAUAAUGGAACUGAGCCACACACUAGUGAUGAAGAGGUCGAACAAAUUGAAGCCAUUGCCAAGUUUGACUACACAGGACGCAGUCCCCGGGAGCUGUCCUUCAAGAAGGGAGCGUCUCUGCUUCUGUAUCACAGGGCCUCUGAGGACUGGUGGGAGGGUCGUCACAACGGCGUGGACGGCCUCAUCCCCCAUCAGUAUAUUGUUGUGCAAGACUUGGAUGAUGCCUUCUCCGAUAAUCUCAGCCAGAAAGCAGACAGUGAAGCCAGCAGUGGACCGUUACUGGAAGAGAAGGGUUCCUCCAAAAAUGACAUCCCAUCGCCGUGUGAGCAGUCAGCAGAUUACAACUUCGGAGGAGUCAUGGGGAGGGUCAGGCUACGAUCAGACGGCGCUGCGGUCCCGCGCCGUCGGAGCGGCGGUGCGGAGACCCACAGCCCAACCAGAGUACCUGACACUCCACCGCGUGCCGCUGCCUGUCCCAGCAGUCCUCAUAAAAUAUCCAUUAGCAAGGCUCGCAUGGAAAGUCCAGAAAAAAGGCGACUUGGCACUUUUGGUAGUGCAGGCAGUAUUAACUAUCCAGAUAGGAAGGCAUAUCCAGAGGGCCACCCACUGAGACCAGUGCCAGGGGCCACUCGCCACAGCAGCCUGGGGGACCACAAAACACUGGAGACCGAGGCUCUGGCUGAGGACAUUGAGAAGACCAUGAGUACUGCACUACAUGAGCUACGUGAGCUGGAGCGCCAGAACACCGUGAAGCAGGCCCCCGAUGUGGUCCUGGACACCCUGGAGCCAAUGAAGAACCCGGCAAGCUCAGAGCCCGGCAGUCCACUUCACACCAUCAUGAUCCGUGACCCGGAUGCAGCCAUGCGGCGCAGCAGCAGCUCCACCUCUGAGAUGAUGACCACCUUCAAACCCGCCCUGUCUGCCCGGCUGGCCGGGGCUCAGCUGCGCCCCCCGGCCAUGAGAUCGGCACGCUCCGCUCCGACGCAGCACCGCUCGAGCAGCUCCAGCUCUUCAGGGGUUGGCAGUCCCGCCGUGACUCCCACUGAAAAACUGUUUCCCAGUAACAGCUCAGCUUCAGGGUCCAAUGUGAAUGUUUCAGGUGAUGCCGGGGAUAAGACUGGCAGCAUGUAGCAGAGGUGGAAUCUGUUGUAAAAGAGAGAAAAGAUGAUCGAAACAAGAAAAUAUUCCUUAAAGUAGAGACAAAUAUUGUCCUCACUGUACAGGAGUCUCCAGGUUGCCAUGGUGACAAAGCAGCAGACGAUGCUGUAGGGGUUUAAUGUCAUACAGCUCUUUGAAACUUGAGCUACUGUGUAAAAGACUAUGUAAACUUCAGUUAUACCUCAGCUUCAACAGAAAUCUAUGGCCAUGCUCUCGUUUCAGAGAUUUGUUGAAGGCCAUUGAAGCAAUACUUGAGUGAAAAAAAAAAAAAAAAGAUUCCCACUCGUGACAUCCAGUCCAGCUGAUGUUUUCCAUCUCUCCUGUAUGAAAACGUCACGUGGACGAGUGUCAAACCACUAAAACACAUCUUUUGUUUACCGUCCAGGGCUCAGACCUUAUGGCCCUGCAUACAGGUGCAUCUUGAUAAAUUAGAAUAUCCUUAGAAAAGCAAUUUAUUUUAAUAAUCAUUUCAAAAACUGAAUCGUAUUUAUUCAUUACACACAGAGGGAUGAAUUCAUUACACACAGUUGUUUGUUUCUGUUCAUUUCUUAACAUGGUUGUGGCAUACAGCCCAAUGUUCAGUUUCUCACAAAUUACAACAUCACCUUUGGAAAAAAUAAAUUUAAUCCAGAAAUAUUAUCCUGAUAUAAAGUUAGUGAGUAUUCAUUUUGGAUCCCUCAUUCUUCUUUUGACUGUGUACUUGAUAUUCUUUGUAGUAUUUGGGCCUGAAGAAUUUGUUGGCUAAUCAAGCAAAUGGUGUCAUGACCAUUUGCUGCCACUUUUGGCAGGUGUCCAGUCCUGCUAGAAUUUUAAAUAAUUAAAUCUAUAAAGUGUCUCAGCAGAGGGAAACAUAAAGUGCUCCAAAAUUUCCUGGGAAAUGACUGUGCUGACUUUGACUCCGUUAAACAGAGUGGACCAACACUAGCAUUUUCUACUUGUCAUCACUGACUGACAAAACCUCACACUAGGCCUCAAAUAACUUAGUACGUUUCCUUCCAGUACCUUUUCCUUUCACUUAACUUUCUAAUAAUAUGCCUGGAUACCUUUAUCUUCUGUAUUAAUUAAAUUGUAUUGCAUACCCUCCUUCUGAAGGGUGGCUGGACUGUCUGUUGCCAAACUGUCCAAGUUAUCAAUCUGAAGCUUGAUUUUAAAAGAUUUAACAUAUUGUUAAAAUCCCUAUAUUAAUAUAUAGCAAUAUUAUAUUAUUGCUCUCAUGUAAUAUUUAUUUCUUUGAGAGACUAAAUCUCCGGUUUUUGCUAGCUGUAAACCAUAAUUUUCAAACUGAUCAAAAAUGAACAUUUCAAAUUUAUAACUUUGUGCUUAAUGAAUGUCUAUUUCAAUUCAUUCAAUUCUCGAAUCAGAUUAAAGUAAUAUAUUUAAUUUUCAGUUAUGUUCGUAGUUAUUGAGAUGCACUUGUACAAACCUACCUAACAUCAUUAUGUUUUCUGGUUUUAGUACAAGAACAAUGUGACACCAGGAUGAUAUUUAUUUCUGCAUGCAUUGAAAGGAGAACAAAGGGCAAACUUUUAAUGGAGCUUGUUAACCAUUGUAGAAACUUCUAUAUAUUAAUCACUAUGAUGGAAAAAAUGCAACAAGCUUAAAGUAUCCAACAUUUCUAGGGAAAAAAAUGCCUUGUUAUCUUUAUGUGUUGGAUUUAAAAAUUGGCAUGAGUGUGGCAACACUGCAGCAGAUGAAGCAUCUUGGCAUGAAGAAACUUGACAAAUCAGUGCCAUGGUACUAGAGCAAAAUAUUUUCCCUCCAUACUGCAUGGUUAGACAGAGCAGACUGAACACGGCCCUGUCCACAGUUUGUUCUCAUGUGCUGUAUAUGAAAUGCAGAAAAUGAACAAACCGCCUAAUGACGGAAUCCUGUAGGGAACUUGUACAGAAUAUAGAGCUAGUAAUUUGUAAGUGUUUUAUUGUGUACAGGUUAAAACAAAAUAAAACAAAGAUGGGUUGACCUGCGCUUAGAUCUUAAAACACAUUUGUAUUAUUUUCAGUAAAUUACAAGGAAAUUAUUUGAUAGUAAAAUACAGUUUAGAUCUUCUACAAUGUACUCUGUAAUUAGAGUGUGUUUGGAAAUAGCAUUAAAGCGCAAAGGCUGAAUAAAGGAUUUUUUUGUUUAUGUUGCUUAAAAUAUUUUCUACCUUGACACCAUUUUCAUCUAGAUUGUUUCAUAUUAAAGGCUUAUUUUAUUUUAUUUUUUUAGUUACCACAGCUUUUUUAAAGUUCUUUUUCAAAUUUACAUUUCUACAGUAAAAUCUAGUAUGGAGGUCAGAAUUUGCCAAAAUUGUUUAAAUAAAUAAAUCAUUAAAUUGUUACAGAAUUGUAUCACUAGUAAAUUAAAAAUGGAAAGAGCUACAUUGAUGAUUUUAAACAUGUGUAAUUAAGAGUGUCCUAAAUAUAUGUAUUUUAUAGAAUAAAAUAAUAAUUAUCUCACUAUUUAUUGUUUUUUCAUGGCUAUUUGCUGUAAUAGAUCAUGAAUUUCUUUUAUCUGUCAGUAGGUGGUCAGAGCCAUUUUAUCCUGUUAAACAAAUUAAAACUGACUUACUCUGCAGGCUCACCAAUCAAACGUGAGGUUUAUAUAUAUAUAUAUGUGUGAUUUUCUUUAAAAUGGUAUUUAAUUUGGUAUUAGUUACUGCCUUUUAAAUAUUUGUAGACACAUUUAUUCAUGUAUUACAUGUAUUCAUUUCCAAUGUUAUUUUUUCAGCUAUAACCUAUAUAUUACAAAAACAUCUGAUGAUUUAUUUAUUUACUACUUUAUGACAUUUUGGACCUCCAUAAUCCUGAUAAAUGUGAGAAGUUUCUAUUUUUUUAUAAGUAGCAUAGUCUGGUGUUAGCAGACUAUGCUAUUUACUUCAAGCGUUGUGUUUAUUUUUCCUGGCUGGCACAGUAAUGCUCAGAGUUAACACCAUUCCAAUUUUUCUAUUGCUGGAUUUGAUCCACGUCACAAUAUUUCAGUGUUUAUAUCUGCUCUAACUUCUGUCUUUUGACAUAUGUACUCCAGAGACCUUGUAACCUGCAACCCAAAGAGCCUGCUCAGUUCUGCAUGUUUUGCGCUGUAAUGUGGGGCUCAUGAUAUCAGACUCAGUGACUGUGUCGUGGUGCCUUUUCAUGGUGAAAUGCACAGAUUGAGUCCAUCUGGACUUCCAUAGAUUUGGGUGAUGAUUAAGCCUAACUCACAUCCUAAACUGGGUACUGAUUUCACAGUUCGACCACAGAUACACCAUGCAGGCUGAAAAUAUUUGCUGGAUGUAAAACUUCACGUUUCAACUCUCAUAAAAGGAUGCAUUGGUGUUUCUGUGGCGUUGUUGUUGAGAAGAGUGAUCUUCUAAAGCUAAAAUCAAUGGUGUUUCAAAGACAUAAAGCGCCCUCUUCUGGUUCUUACUUCUUCUGGUAUCACUCUGUGUAGUAAACCAGCUAUCAAUUCAUCAAGGGCAUGAUGGGAAUUAUCUGAAUCUAAUAUGACGCUUAAACUGAUCCAAUAUGUUUUUACUGUUUUCAUUUAAUAUUGUAUUUCAGAUCUUUUUAAAUCCAUGAGAAAGAAAAGUUCCAUAAAGUAUAUGAUUACAUGAAUGAAGCAUAUUUAACACUUUGUCUUUAUUUAUGUGUAAGUAGAACACAUUUGAGUGCCUUUUGUGCACAAUAUAAAUUUUUUUAUUAGAAUUCAGCUUUUUGUUCCUUUUUUUACUUUUAUACUGUAAUAUGUUGCCUAUUGGUUGCCAUGUUAUUUCAAAGUGAUGUUUUCUUUUUGUCCUACUUUCUAUUGCUACUCAGCUAUCAAGCCACAAUGAAUCAUGGAAGAUUCAUAAAAAAAUGCUCAUCUAGACUUGUGUGAAUCCAGGGUAAGCUGAAAGAAAAAUAACUGCUGUAAACAUGAACUACCAGCAAAAGUUAAAAGAUUCAUCUUGAAUGUUUCUUUUUUUCUACUAUAAUUUACUCUGUGAUCUGGCUGUGCUGAAGUUGAGCCAUUAGCUCCUGUCCUUUUAGAGAUAAGUUGUUGUGGUGUUGUUGGCAACGGCUGAAACAGUUCAGACUUUUGUUGUGCGUUCGCUACAAGGCACCUGGUGCGCUUUCAUUUUCCCUAUACAUGUGAUGUGAUGUACCUGUGGUUCAAAAAGAUGGCAUCAGAGUCAAAGAGCAGAGCGAGGCCCUGUCUGGGACUAGUGUGUGAAUUACUGUCACACUGUUUUACCUUCUCCUUUACCUGUUUGUCUGGUGAUGCUGUUUGUGGAUGAGUGUCUGGUUGGUUGAAACCUGUAAUGUAGUGUACUUGAUCCCACUGACCGGAUGUUGAAAACUCCUGUGUUGAAAUAAAACCAUAAACCUCUGUGAUCUGC